GUCACUUUUGUCAACAAAUAGUAUAGUUAACUCAGUUAAGUAUACACACAAUACAUGAAAUAUAAAAUAAAUGUUUCAUACAGCAUUAAGCACGUCUUUGUGGAUGGGAGAUGUAAGCUAAACUUGAAAUAUGUUUUCUUUACCUUCCUAUAACAAUAGUGAUUUAUUUAAAAAUUUAAAAGUUAACGUCAUUUAUUGAAUUGACAUUUUUGUACCGGAUUGUACCGGCACCGGAAUUAAGUAUUCCAGUUGACUUGAGUUGACAGUUGAGUUAUUCAAGUAGAAGAACUAGGCCUAGGAACUAGGAGUAUAGACUUGUAUUACUUUAUUAGUAUUGACUAAGUAAUAUAUAUAUUAAUAGUAUUAGUUUAGAGUCCUAUUUGUUUAGUAGUUAAUAGUAGGCUGAUUUAGUAUUUAAUUUUAAUAAUAUUGGGCUAAUUUGGAGAGAUAGCACCCUGACCGUCUGAUGUCAUUUGCAUGUUUUGUCCCUGGUUCCCAUAGUGAUAGGGUCAAAAACCUGCUUCCGAUAUGGUCAAAACCCAGGUUAGGGAUAAGUUUAGGGUUCAGGUUAGUGGUUAGGUUUAGGGAUACAUUUCGGACAUAAGUCCGCGGGCCCCAGCAACCAAGAUGGUGGCCACAGUGCUAUCUCUCCAAAUUUACCAUAAGUUAAUAAUAAAUAUAUAGUUUACCCAAAGACGGCACAAUCAUAAAUUGUGCGCUCAUGAACAGCCUGGCCUGGUAUAAUCAAGACCAACUGAACAACAUUGGUGAUCCUGGGCAAAGCAAUGAAUUAUGAGGCCAGGCGUCCAGGUUGCCCUAAGCAUAAUUAAGGCAAGCCCAAGCCUAACUAAGGCCUAACUUAUGUAUGUUUUAUUUAGCACAUUUUUUCGGACUUUUUCAUUGGGAGGGGGGGGGGGGGGUUGGCCUUUCAGGCAUUUGGGAAGGGUGAGGGUAUCUAUUAUCACCAAAAUUGGGCGUAAUUUUGCUCAGGGCCAGCACUGACUCCUUCAUCCCACCAAUAGAUAAAUAUAAAUUCAUUCCGGUUGUGGCACCCCCAGAGGGUAUGCUUACGGCCCCAGCUUAGUUCCACCCCUGGAAUCUAAAUAUUCCAACUAUAUUCAGUACCAAACAAAAUGGAAAAUAUAUUUUUUUAAAGUUUAAGUAAAAUCAUUUUAAUUACGGUACCAACAAUAAUAUCUAGUGCAUUUGUAGAUAAAAAAGUGCCGGGAGUUAGUGAUGCUUUGAUUAGGGAAGGAACAGAAUGUGAUUGGGGGGGGGGGGGGGGGUCACAAAAAUAAAAAAAAAAAAUCAAAAUGCAAGGGUGCAUUAUGUCACAUACAGGUGUAUGAAUUUAGUUUUGCCUUAUUACACUUAAUCAGCAAGCAACAGAAGAGUUGCUAGUUUUUUUAUUUGUUUAUUUCACUACCGGUACUUCAUUAAUAAAAAAAAAAAAACCUUCAAAUUGGUUGUUAGUCACAAAAAAAAGAUUGCUUACAUCAUAAUACAUGUUGAACAAAAAAGAAGCCAAAAUACCAGUACUGGUAUAAGUAUAAUGAUUAACUUUUUGCAUUUAAUUUAAAAUUUAUUUACUAUUUUUUCAAAGUGUUACAUUUACCGGUACAGUACAAAAAGAGAGAGUGAAAAUUGUUUUGUAGAAAAAAGUAUUUGAAUUUUUUAAUUGCUAUUUAUAACUGGCUAUGUUUUAUGAAUUGUCUAGAAAUGACAUAGUUAAUUAAAGAAGAUAGGAUAUUUUACAAAAAGCAGAAUAUAUUUAUAAGAAAUAACCUGUAAAACAAUAGCGGCGACAUUGCAUGAACUUUCCAUCUCUAAAGUUACUUGACAAAACAUGCACUUAAAUAUUGCAUUUUAUAAGAAUCCCAAUUAGUGCAAACUUCUAGGAAUUUAAUUUUGGGUGCCUAUUGAACAAAGCAUUACAGCCAUACAUAGAUAGAGAAUUAUUAUUUGUGAUUAAUACAUGAUUUAUCUAAGGGAAGUUUAAACAGUACAAAUUUCCAAAAAAGUUGAGUUAAUUGAAAGUUUUAUUUGGAAUUUCAAACUAUUAUGACCAGAGCCAUUGCAGUGGUCCUGCAGCUAUAGGGGGCCUCAGAUAUUUAAUGUGCUUAAACUUAAAGUUAUAAUAUGGAAAAAAAGGUAAACUAUUGGCUUUGAGUGCAAGGGGCACAUUACCUAAAAGUGGCAGGAGGCCUCCAAAAGUCACAGAAGGCUAUAACUUUUGUCUGAUUAAUUGCAAAUGAACAUGUCAUCUAUUAAAAAACUCUUUGAUUUACUUUAACACACACAUUUUUUCCACAUUGUGUGGAUUUUUAAAAAAAUUUACACAUUUUUCUGAAACUACUAUUAUUAGUAGUACUACUGGUAACAAAAAAAAAUGGCAUUGAUGAUUUGAAAAUAAAAAAAAAAAAUGUUCACAAAAACUUGGGAAACCUGCUUUCCACUGCACUUUGAAAGGGAAUUAAAUUCCCUAAAGAUCUUUUAAUAUCCAUGAACGAUCUAGGAACCUUGAUGCCUGUAGAAGCGUGAGGACCCCUAGAAGCUAGAGGCUUUGGGCAACUGCCCAGUGUGCCCAUGCCUUAAGAUGGCACUGGGUAUUAUGAAGUUAAAAAUGCCCAGGUUUCCAGCCUUUUGGCAGUGAUUUCAAAAUGUGGUUGUGGAGGCAUUUCUGUGGAUUAACCAGCUGAAACAAACAAACAAACUAUUAGAAAUUUUGAUUUUUAAAUAAUUUCCUAUUUUUAACUUUUAAUUUGUUAAAUUAAUAGAACUAACAGUACUUACACUAGUCUUAUACUCAUUAUUUAUUAGGCAUAAUUUUUUUAUUUUUAUGACUCUUAACUUCACUCAGCUGGAUGAAGAUUUUGAUGAACAGUCUAUAAUUAGUGCGUUCGCUCAAUUAGGAGAGGUUGUUGUCAAUGUAAAGAUGAUGAAUGAUACCAAAGAAAGUGGCACGUAAGUAGUUCAAUAUAGGCUAUGUUAAGUUUUUAUAAUAUUUGUUAACUUACCCUUUGAGGCAGUUUUUAUACAUAUGAAUAUUUUUAUUUUGUCUCUGUAACAUUUAUUUUCUGAAUGUACUAAAUUUUCUGGCUUAAAGCUGGAUUUGUCUUGCUAUUUGAUUGCUAUUUCAGAAAGCUAUACAUUUAAGGAAUUUCUCGAAACAAUUGUUUUUAUUUUGUAUAUAAAAUUAUGAUUAUUGUUUUAAAUAUAUUAAAUAUACUAUACCGGUACUAUAUAAAAAAUAUGUUAAAAGGCAUAACAUUUUUGGUUUUAUUGAUAAGCUGACAUAAUUUUUACUUUAAUUGAAUUGCAGCCUAAAGCCAGGAAACUAUUGUUUUAUAGAAUUUCCUGAUGUAGACUGUGCACAGAGAGUUUUGCACAGACUUAAUGGCAAAUAUAUACCGGGAAAGCCUGGGGUAAAUACAAUACCGGUACUAAAAAUCAUACAUAGUGGUACCUAGUUAUUUCUUAUUAUGAUCCAUGAUGAGACCUAUGCUUAAAUCCGCAAGUUAAAGCACAGCCUUUUAAAACUUUUUAAAGCACUGCAAUCAGAAUUUAUUGCGACAAAGGCUCCAACAUCAGUUAAUUUUGGCUUAUCAGAAUGUUCAUCAGCGUUAAGUGUUGAAGUCCAAAAGCAUUAAUUUUAAGUACCUUAACUUAAAUAAAAAAAUAUAACUUAUGAGAUCUUCAUAAACAUAAGUUUUAUUUUUGAUUUAAAUUAUCUGUUGUUGAUUAUUGUAUUGUCUGCUGAAGAAGGCAUCUAGCCGAAUUGCAGCUUAAUUGUCCUGCCUUUUAUUUUCAAGCAUAAACAUAUCUUUUUUCAGUAUUUGUUUACUUUAUAUGGCUUGAAUGUAGUCAGUCAUAUAUUAACUAGUACCGGUAUUAGCUUUAAACUUUCAAUUUUACAGUCCAUGUAUAACUAUUAUUUUUAAAAUUUAAGAAGUUUUUAUGAGCGGUCAACCAAAAAAAUUGCUUGUCUCUGCUGUUUCCAGAAACGUUUCAAGCUGAAUCCUGCAAGUUUUGGUAGAGAGCAUGAACUCUUGUAAGUAUAAGCAUAAUGCAAUCAUAUUUUUUUAAGUGCAAUUAUUUAGAUACCAGUACUACAUCUUUAUUGUUAAAUAUUUAUUAAACAAUGCUAUAAAUCAUUUAAUAUUACCAAAAAAAAAUUAUGUUUAAAUUUGUGCUGAGUCUUUAAUCACUUAUUUUUGAUAAUCUAUCUUUACUAAUCAGGCCAGAGUUUUCCUUAUAUGUUGGUGACUUAUCUUGGAAUAUUGAUGAUUAUGACCUGUUCUCAUUUUUCCAGAAAAGAUAUAAGUCAGUGAGAGGAGCCAAAGGUGAAUAAUACAUUAAUGCAAUACUAACAUUUUAUAUUUAUGUUUGUGAGCAUUCAAAUCAGCUUCACAUGACAGACUUCCGUAUAAGCAACAAAAAGACAAGUGAAAUAUUACAAAUGGAACAAAUGUUACAGCAAAAUGUAAACAGUGAUCAAAGAAGGCCUUUUUAAAUUUACUUUAGGAUUUAAAAAAUUUAAACUGAUAUUUAAAAAAAAGUGAUACCUACUGGGUAUUACCUUUUAAUUAAUGGUUAAUAAUAAAAUGGUAUUUUCAGUUGUAUUAGAUCAAAAUGGGAAAAGCAAAGGCUUUGGCUUCAUUAGAUUUUCAGAGGAGAGUGACCAACAGAGAGCCCUGAUAGAGAUGCAACAUAUGACAGGAUUAGGGAGAAGACCAAUUAAAGUCAGUUUAGCAUCUAUCAAAAAGUAAGCACUUUCUUUUCCUCUUGAUUUGCAACACAUUUUAAAAUGGUCUUGUUUUUAGGCCUGAUAAAUAGAAGAAAAAAAAAAAAGUUAUGCUAUGACCGUAACUGCAGGUGCUACACUUCUCCAUAAUCUGUUGAAUAUAUAUUGGCAGGAAUAUAAACACUCUGUACCUGUAGUUCUUUUUCCUUUUUUAAAAAUAUAGUGUAAAUUUAUGAUUUAUGGGACAGCCACUUUUUAGACUUUUGCAAAAGUGCAUGAAGUUAAACUUGAUUCUGAAGAUAUAGUUAUUUAUUCCUUAUGUCUGAUAACAUGUACCCUAGCCUUUUGAUUGAUGCUAUAGUUUUCUUUACAAACAAAUCUGUCAGUGUUUGGUUUAGGCAGAAAAAUAAUUAAACUUGGGUGUUUUACCAGUACCUGUACUAGCAAUUAAGUUUUUAAUUAUUUCACUUCACCAAAAAUUGUAAUGUACCGGUAGUGUUUGAAAUUACAUACUUGUAUAUGUUAAGCUCAGUUGUCAAGACCAAUUUUUAUUUAAGUUUCAUGUCAAAAACAGGUUUUUAUAGCUUGGUUUUUCUUUGCUUAUUAAAAAAAAAAUAGACCAAGUGAAGCUUCAUCUAUGCCUGCCCCAAGCUCACACGGAACCUAUUAUGCUGGGCAUUAUUCAUGGGGAGGAUAUGGCUAUCAUUAUAAUCAGCCCUAUUCACAGCCUCCUGCCUCUCAUUCAUUAGAUUAUGGGGUGAGUAUGCAGUUAAACAAAACGUCUCUUCAGAAAUUUAGAGAAGUUGCAUGCGCAAAUACAUAAAAAAAAAAAUCUUGGCUUGAUGGUGUUUACUACACCCACCACUGGAUCCACCACAUGCUUCAAGUUAAGUGCAAAUUUACACAAUUUUCUUAGUACAUAAUGCAGUAGAAAGACAAGAACGCUUGGUUAGAAUUGUCUUUUCUAAUCUUGUCUUCCAGGAGUUUAACCAUGCCCACAUUUUCUCCAAGUUAUGCCCGGGUACAAUCUGUUAUGCUUGUCAAUCUAUCCCCAAUCUAUCCCAUGAUAAUGCACUAAUUGCAUUGACCACACAUGAAUACCGGUUGUUGUAUUUUUCAUAGAUUCUAGUUACAGCAUUUCUUCUGUGAUAGGAAAUUCUCAUUCACUCCAUGUACCGGUACAAAAUACUGCUAUUAUAGUUGUUCGUCCGUCGAAGUCGACUAGGACCAUCGGGUCAUCCAAAGGUUAGGGGGAGGUUGGGUUACGGUGAGCUUGUAGGUGGCUUGUUAGACCGAUCUCUGCUCGGAAUAAUCUUUGGCACCGCGGGCAGGGGAUAGUUGCUUUAGACGGUGACUUAAUGUUGGUCUUUCGGGCAAGCCUGCGUGUCUCAACUGUGGAUAUCCUAUUAGCUUCAUGGGAUUUAGCCCCCUUCUUGACAGAAGCUCUCCACCUGGUUCUGUCCUGGGCUGUCUGCACCCAUUGAGUAGGGUUUAUGCUGAAGGCCUUUAGUGCCACUUGCAGUGAGUCUUUGUAAUGAUUUUUUUGACCUCCUUGGGAGCGCUUGCCUAUUGUGAGUUCUCCGAAGAAUAUCUGUUUUGCGAGUCUGCCAUUCAUUUCAUCAUGACAACAGAUCUAGAGAGGGUGCUGCCCAAGUAAGUAAAUUUAUCCACCGCCUUGAGACACUGUCCACUGAUGAUGAUGUUGGGUUCAACGUAGGGCUUACUGGGAGCUGGCUGAUACAUCACCCCAGUCUUCUUUGUGUUGAUUGUGAGGCAAAAGUUAUUGCAGGCCUCAGAGAAGAUAUCAACGCUGUGUUGCAUGACGACUUCUGAGGGAGCGUUGAGGGCACAAUCGUCUGCAAACAGAAUAACAUAUGCAAUCUUUACUAGCAUCCCUCAGCUGUUCAAACUGAUUACGGUAUUGCUAGGCAUCCUUGUUGAUAAUGAAAUGUUGUAAAAUUUACCUUUGAUUUCAGGGCAUAAAACACUUGCGCAGUCCAUCAUACAUUGUUUAAUUAACUCGCCACCUUAGACCGGUAUCUUAGGUCUUGAAAUUCAGUAUGCCACCAUAAAACUUGUCUUCAAUGCAGUAUUGUAAAUUGAUGAUUGCUUCUUAAAUAGAGUUUGUUGCUUGAUCAGUAUUGCAACAUUUUUCACAGACUUUUUCUUCUGUCCUUCAUUGGCCAUGUUGUGACCGAAAUCCCUGUGUGAUAGUUCUGCUUCAAAUUGUACUCCUUUAACACUGCAAUCGUCUCCUGGUACAGUAAGGAAACCGCUAUGAACUUGGUGAAGAAAUACUUGUAUUAUCAUUCAUCAUUAAAUGCAUGGCACUCCUCCUCAGUUUUACAUUUUCAAGGAGACAUUGUUCAUAGGGUUGGAGAGAUAGUGUUGUUGUGCAGACAAGAAUGAAAAGGAAUGAGAAUGAGGCAACAUGGCUUUCAACAAUAACUGCCCAAUAUCAUACACAUGCCAAGAAAGUAAUCAAUCAUCAGAAAAUGGGUCAUAGAUUUCUAUGACAAUGUGAAACUGAAAAAGUUAGCCUCUGUUCAGGCACAAACAUGUUGACUUUCAGAAAAAUUAGAUUUUUUUUCUUCUAAUUGCUUCUGGCUUCCGCAGGCAGUACAAAACCCAGUGGAGGGACGCAGUUUGCCCACCCCUCCACUAAAUAUACUAAGAGGUCCUUACAAAUUUUAUUUAUAAUGAAAAUGUAUCAAAAUAGAGUGCUUAAAAAGUCAAAAUAAAAAAUCACAGUUGAUUUAAUUUAACUUCAAUUAAUUUCCUGUCCUAAAAAAAAAUCAGGUAUCACCAAGCUAUUCUGAUGGAAGUCUCAGCUCAACCACUACUGAAAUGGUUGAUGACUCGGAGGUUUUAGAAGGUGAAUAAGCUUGUUUUAUUUAGGAUUGUAGUUUUAAAAACUAUUUUCUAUUAAUAUCGGUGCAAUCAAUCCUAAACUUUCCCAAAGUCUUUUCUGUCAUCUGUAGUGGUCUAAUUCCGUAUAAUUUUUAAUGCAAUAUAUUCUAGUUUUUUGUAUUUAGAUGGUCGUCUUUUUAGAGGAACUUUAGCAAUUACUAUAUAUUAUUAUUUAUGCUUCACCUAGUUUUAUAUGUCAUGUAUUUUCUUAUAAAUUACAAAUCAAAAUGAAAGUAUUAAGUCAUUUCCCUUUUUUGUAACAUAUGUUUAUUCUUUAUUGUACCAUACAGAUCCGGGACUAGAGAUUAAUGUUGGAAAAGAGAACAGAGAAUUCAUAGAAUCUAGUGAGGUGUGUAUUAGUAUUAUUAUUUUAUCUUUAAAAAAGUACCAGUAGUUAAAAAAUGUAAGCUGUACUGAUCUUCAAAUGAAUUGACACACAUGGUGUUAUUUGAUUUCCAAAUUUGGGUAAAAUUAUACAUGCAAAAAUUGCAAAAUGAAUAACCAUAUUUUUUUUAUAAGUCUAGAUAAUAUGCACAAUAAAGAUUGUAUUUGUUAAAUAGAGGGAAACCUAUUGUGAAAAUUAAUUCAUCAAUACCACCGGUAUUUAACAACUUUUUAUCUGCUACCUAAGGAAAAUAACAGGUAUUAGGUGUUUCAGCUAUCUGCAUUUUUUUAAAAGUAAAAUUUUAACUCAUAAAAUGAACAUCUUAAUUCUAGAAAGACAUAUAUACAUUUUAUUUCCAAUUUCAUCAAAAGAUACUGUUUAAUUUAUAUUGACUUAACACAAAAAUAUUAAAUUUUAAAUUUAUAUAAACGGGCAAAUUGGUUCUUACAUAAUUUACAGAAAUAUUUAAGAAUUUAAAAGGUAAUGGGUAUUAAAAUUUGCCAAAAUUGUUUUUAUUUCCAGUCUUUUUUUGCAUCCCUGGAACAGUCAAGAUGGCAUCCCUUGGAUAAUGUUAUGUCUGAAAUAGAGUAGUCUACAUUGUUUAUGUACCAGUAUUAAUAAUUAGUAUGUCGCAAAUGAUAUUAUUUAAGGGUGAAUUGAAGGGUUGUUCCAAACAUUUGGCACUGGUUUCAAACAAAAUGUAUAGAAAUUGCAAAGAAGUUAUUGUUACUUUUUCCACUAUCAACAUUAUAAAUAAAAGGACCAAGUUUAAGGGAAUAAAUUAAUUUCUUUAAAAAGGCCGGGUUGGAAGGAAAAAAAAGCAGUGUCUUAGUCUUAGUUGUUUUGUUAUAAUUUCACUGAAUUGUUUUAGAAGAUAUAUUUUAUAAAUAUUAAAAUGAUUGAUUAAAGAAAGAAAGAUUGUGUAUAUAGCAUUUCUUGUAAAGUUAUUGAAUUAUAUCACUUAUUGAUCACAAACUCUUUGUUUUUUGCCAUUGUAUUUCAUUUUAAUAUUUUUUAAGUUUUUAAAUCAGCUCAAUUAUCAGUUGUUGAAUCUUGCUUGAUCACAUUUAAUUGCAUCAAAUUAAUCAAGCUGCAGUUUGUGCAUGUCAUCAUCAUCAUCACCAGUGGCACUACAGCCCAUGUAGGGCCCUGGCCUGUUCCACCACAUCCUUCCACUCGGAGCGAUCCAUGGCUUUACGUCUCCAUGCUCGAACCCCCAACUGGUGUAAAUCUGUCUCCACAUCAUCAAUCCACCUCAUCCUUGGGCGACCGGUGAGUCGUCUGCCCCUAGGCUUCUGCCUGUAUAUAACUUUGGCUGC